AUAAAAUAAUCAACAUGUUUACCAAACUGUUCAUCCUCUGCGCCCUGGCGGUGGUAGCUCUAGCCAAGGAAUACCCCCCCGGCGUCCACCCAGCCGUCUGCCCCAACUACCCGAUCUGCGACGCUGAGACCCUGGCCACCCACACCCUGGACGGUCAGCCCAUCCCCGAGUGGGUUUACAACCCUGGUGUAUUGCCCGUGGCACCUUUCGACCCCAAACACUCCGCCGCUCCCCGCUACCCCGCUGGCUUCAACCCCGCGAUAUGUCCUAACUACCCCUACUGCUUCUGAAGAACCACUCA